GCUGCGUGCUGCUGUCCCGCCGCCGCCUCUGCCGCCGCCCGUUACGGGUCCCGCCGCUGGGGACAUGUUGCAGAAACCGAGGAACCGGGGCCGCCCUAACACCCAGGCCGAGAGCGAGAGGGACUGGGCCCGCGGCGCCGCGGAGGAGGCCCCGAGCACCUCCCGCGGGGCGGGAGGCUCCCAGGAGGCCCGGGGCACGUCGUCGCAGGGUGGCCGCCGGGCCGAGGCCUCCCCCGAGGUGGGGCCCAGGUCCCAGCAGCAGCUGGAGCUGAAGGUGGCCGAGCUAGUGCAGUUCUUGCUGAUUAAGGACCAGAAGAAGAUCCCGAUCAAGCGCACUGACAUAGUGAAGCACGUUAUCGGGGACUACAAGGACAUCUUCCCUGAUCUCCUUAAACUGGCUGCCGAGCGCCUCGAGUAUGUCUUCGGGUACAAGCUGGUGGAACUGGAACCCAAAAGCAAUACGUACAUCCUGAUCAACACUCUGGAACCGGUGGAGGAGGAUGCUGAGGUGAGAGGCGAUCAGGGCACGCCCACCACCGGCCUCCUGAUGAUUGUUUUAGGUCUCAUCUUUAUGAAGGGCAAUACCAUCAAGGAAACGGAGGUCUGGGACUUCCUGCGUCGCUUGGGGGUGUACCCCACAAAGAAGCAUUUAGUUUUUGGGGACCCAAAGAAACUUAUUACCGAAGAAUUUGUGCGACAGCGUUACCUGGAGUACCGACGGAUACCCCACACUGAUCCUGUAGACUAUGAAUUCCAGUGGGGUCCCCGAACCAACCUGGAAACCAGCAAGAUGAAAGUUCUUAAGUUUGUGGCCAAAGUCCAUAAUCAAGAUCCCAAGGACUGGCCAGCACAGUACUGUGAGGCUUUGGCAGAUGAGGAGGCCAGGGCCAGACCUGAGACAGGUGGCCCCACUCCCUCCUCUUGAAGUCUGAGAGAGAUUUGAGCUCCAGAGGAGGUGUCAAAGGCACUGGGUGAUGGGGUAGGGGGGUGGGAGGGAGCAUAUUUCUGUAACACUCAAAUGUGUGUGGCUUUAGGAUGUGUUUGCAAACUUAUGUUCUCUUUUAAUAUUGUAAGUUAUUUGGUUCCAGCUUUUCACUUAUAAAAAUAUUAGGAGAGGAUUUUUUGUUUUAACUUGUGUUAUUGUCUGUGUAUUUUGGCAUAAAAAUUUUGCUAGCUUUAUGCAAGUAAUUGGAAAACAUUGCACCAUGAUCUGGAACAGGUGUUUAAGAAAGAACACAUUGGUCAAUUGCUUUGGCGCCAAGAAAGUAAAAGCAAAGUGACUACUAUCUGGUGUCUUAACUACCCAGUUUGUAAGUUAAAAUAAAAGCCUUUAUAAAUUAAAAAUAAAAAUGUAAUUGCUUAUACUUUUUUUACCUUAAGACAGCUAUUAUAUAUUUAUAUAUUUUCUAUGUAUAUAAGCAUUACGCAUCAUCUAAGCAAUGUGCAUAUUGUAUUUUCUCCAAAUAACAAUUUUUUAUAUUCAUAAUUCUUACCUCUGUGGCCAACCAUUUAGUUCCAUUUAGGUUUUUUUUCCUGCUAUAGUUGUAAUAAAUACAGUAUCUUUGAAGCAGUUAA